UAGUGUAUUUAUGUAUGUGAAGCAGAGAUCGCUAUAAUUGCAAGAAUAUUUCUCCAUCUUACGCCUUUCAAAGAUAGCAGUCUGCUUUUCUAUAGAUCCACAGCUUCAAUCUCGAAGCCCUCUCACAAAUUCCACACAGUUUCCAACUUGUAACACCUCGAGACUUCCUUCUCUCUCUCUCUCUCUCUCUCUCUCUCUGGAGGGGUAAGGAGCCUGUUUCUCUGCAAUUCUAUUGACUGAUUCAGUCAAUCGAUGGAUCAUCACUGUGUUCUUAGAUAAAACCUUGUUAUUUGGCAUUCGGUAUGUUCUUAUGGGUCAUAUAUUUGUACUUGCGUGCAUCUACAGCUACAUCCCAACCUAUCGAGAUAAAUCGUGAAGCUUGACGACAUGUUGUUGCCAAAAAGAUGGCAGAGCUGCAUGAUGCUUCUCAUCUUUGUCCUCUCGGAUGGUACAGGGACGACAAAACAGAGCAUAGCAGCUACUGCUGCUGUCUGCGGCAAGGAUCUGCAACCCAGGAGCAGAGUUCUGAUGGGCUUUGCGAGUCUAGCCGACACCAUGAAUGCAUCAGGUCUGGUGUUCUGUGUGGCGAAUCCCAGUGCUGACGCGAACGCGCUGAGGAAUGGAUUGGAUUGGGCUUGCGGACCGGGCGGUGCAAACUGCACUGCGAUACAGCCAGGGCAGCCUUGCUAUGAACCCAAUAACCUGACUGCCUUGGCUUCCUAUGCCUACAAUGACUACUACCAAAGAACAAGAGCAAGCGGAGGAUCCUGCUCCUUCAACAACACCGCCAUGACGACCACCAGUGAUCCUAGUAAGCGGCCAUGGCUCAUGCAUCUUCACUGGAAGUGCGGGAGGGACCACGAACACCAACACAACCACAAGCCCGAGUCCGACUACCACUCCGAGCAGCGGUGGAUCGCCCGGCAGUAACAAUUACGUCCCUCUUGGUUCAAACAUCGAUAGAGCUUCUUCCGCAUCGCGUGCGCUCCAAGUGGUGGCAUGUUUGCUCCCCUUGCUGUGCUCUUUCCGGUGCGGCAUGUAAACCUUGGUAUGAUUCAUGGUGAUUUGACAGAAACAACAUGAACAAAGUGGGGAACGUCUUUUUCAUUCUGAAAACAUUUUUUUGGUUUUUCUGUAUAUCUUUCUUCAAAUAUGAUGUAUGUUACCACC